CAUGCUUCGAUAGCAGACCAGAAAGCGGUGUUUCGCGUGUGUAAAGUUGCUUUUCAGUUGUAUUGGUUGAUUGCACCUUUGUUUAAGCGCAUUGUGGCUUCUUUUAAAGACAAAUCAGACGUUGACGUUGGUCUCUUGUCUGCUAGAGCCCUGGCAGUUUUCGGGCCUGCUUCAACGGGUAGUUAGCUAGUAUUGUAGCUAAGCGCUAACUAGCAAGCUAACGAUACGUCUCGUCCUACAGCGCCCAAGUUGCCUCUUGAUUUGCUUAUCUACUAGAUAGCUAGCUACCCAUGACACUGUUCUACUGUAAACACCGAGUACCCGAGUUUUAAUCUGAAAUAUUAUCAAAAGGAAGCGAUGAUAACCUACCGGCUGAAACAGAUAGCCACUAUCAUUCGCUAGCCAGCUAGCUAAUGUGUUUCUGACCGAAUGUUAUUGACCUGCGUGAGGUUGACUCUUUUUGAGAUGAGGCGGAUGCCUUCUCUCUACAUGCAUGUAUCUGAUUACGAAAUGUAUGUAGUAGCUAUAAUGUUGAUCGGAUGGCUAGCACACUUGGACAUAUUGUAUCGAGAAAUAGAUAGCUGGCAGUAGUCAAAUGACUCCCAUAAUGAUAUUUAGUUACUAGCUGGUUAGUAAAUCCUCCUACAAAAUUAUUGUUAACUACUUACUCCAAAAAGUAGAUGGUGUGUUUAUGUGGAUCAUUGUCCAAUGGACACCCCUGAGAGCCCCACCCAGUCCCCUGAAAGCCCCAACCAGUCACCCCAGUCCCCAGAGGAAGAGGAGAAGGGCAUUUCUGACAGCGAGUUCCUGGCAUCCCCCGAGGAGGAGGACAGGCUGCUCUCCGACAGCGAGCUGCUGAAUGAUGAAGAAAAUGACGAGUUAGAUGAAGAGGGUGGUGGAGGUGGGGACUCUGAGCUGGAUGAUGACGGAGAUGAGGGGAUAGUUCAGGAGCGUAUCUCUGACCCAGAGGAUGAUGAAGCGGGUGGAGACGGUAGAAGGGAUAGCCAUACUGGUUUAGAACAGGAGCAGGAGGAGUCAGUGGGGAUGGUGAUGAUGGGACAGGUGAGCCAAUCAGCUGAUGAGGAUGAAGAGGAGGACCAGGGCAGCCAAACUCCUAAGUCCCCUGAUUCUGAGCCAGAGCAGGAGAGGUCAUCCCCCUUGGCUGAGCAGGAGAUGUCCAGAUAUGAGAAGGAAGAAGAGCGGGGUGAAGGAGGGGAACCAUCAGCCAAGCUGGCAGCAGAGGUAGAUGAAGUAGAUGAGGAGGAAGAGGGGCGGAGGAGGAGAGUGGUGGUGGUGAAUGAGAUGGAGUCGUCUGUGUCCAGAGAGCUUGAUGAACAUGAGCUGGACUAUGACGAGGAGGUUCCUGAGGAGUCCAAUGUUCUAGCGCCUGAUGAGGAUGAGGAGGUGGAGAAAGGACCUGCAGAUGGGGAGGAAGAGAAAGAGGACAAGGGCAUCAAAAAGAAAGAGAAAAUACCAAUCCUUCCUCCAUCCCCGAAAGACGGUCCACCUAAGAAGCUUGAAGAGUACAGGGCUCAGGAGAGAGGAAGGAGAGAUUCCUUUCGUGACAAAAAGAAGGAUGAGGAUGAUGGCGAGAUUGAUGAGGGAGAGAUAGAUGAUGAUGACCUAGAGGAGGGAGAGGUGAAGGACCCCAUGGACAGGAAGAUCAGACCCAGGCCCAUCUGCCGCUUCUUUUUGAAAGGUAACUGCACCUGGGGUAUGAAUUGUAGGUUCAUCCAUCCAGGGGUCAAUGACAAGGGCAACUACUCUCUCAUCUCCAAGCCAGACCCCUUCUCUCCCAACGGGGCACCACCUGGAGCACCCCACCCUCUCAUGCCAGGCAAUAACCCCUGGGGUGGACCUGCUGUUGAGGAACUCCCUCCACCCCCUCCUCCAGUGGAGCCUCCUGUGGAGAGUGCCUGGGAGAGGGGUCUGAGACACGCCAAAGAGGUGUUGAAGAAAGCCACCAUACGCAAAGAGCAGGAGCCAGACUUUGAGGAGAAACGCUUUAACGUGACCAUUGGAGAGGAUGAGAGAGACUUUGACAAAGAGAACGACUUCUUCAGGGAACGCAGCUACCGCAUCACCAGAGAAAUCAGAGACCCAGGUGACGUGGAGUUCAGAGACCCAGUCUAUCCUAACGACCCUUAUGCUGAUCCCUACUAUGACUACGAGAUGGAGGCCUUUUGGAGAGGGGGACAGUAUGAGAACUUCAGAGUGCAGUACACAGAGACCCCUCUGCCCUACCACUACAGUGAGCGUGAACGAGAGCGGGAUCCGCGGGAGCGCCACCGCGAGCGAGAGCGGGACCACCGCGAGCGAGAACGCCGGCAGAGAGAACGCGAGAGGGAAAGAGAGAGGGAGCGAGAGAAGGAGAGGAUGCGCCGAAAGGAGGAGUGGGAGAGGGAUCGCAUGAAGCGUGAUGAGAAGGAGAGGCCUGUCAGGGAGCGGCCACCACGGGAACCUCAGGAGAAGGAGGGGGAGGACAAGCACCCUAAAGGUUCCCCCAGGUCCCCCACUGACACCAACAUGCUCCCCAAUCGACCGAUGAUGGAACCGCCUUCCAAAAAGGAGCUGAUGCCCAUGUCCAAGCGGCCAGAUGAGUGGAAGGACCCCUGGCGCCGGUCCAAAUCCCCCAGGAGACUUCCGGGCAUGUCUGGGUCACCACCGCGCGGCCGCCGGCGACACCGGCCUUCUGGAUCCUCUGUAUCGCUGUCCAACUCAUCUAGGUCUUCGUCCCGCUCUUCCUCCUACACAGGCUCCGGUUCAUCCCGCUCUCGGUCUCGCUCAGGCUCCUCGUCCUUCAGCUCGUACUCCAGCCACUCAUCCCAGCGCAGCUCCUUCAGCGGCAGCCACUCCAGGUCCAGAUCAUUCUCAUCGUCUCCGUCUCCGACCCCUUCAGCACAGAGGAACGCCAAGAAUAAAGUUGAGGCCCCGCCAGCUCUAGGCCCCAAAGGCAUCCCACUGAAGCCUGGUACACCUCCCCCUCCUCGUAGGGAGAAGGCACCCCCCAGGAAGGCUCCCAGCCCACCAUUGCCAGGCCAGCCUGGGAAACUCCCCAAACCCACCCCGGAAGGGGGCAAGCCCAUCAACCACCGCGAGCCCCACGAGGGGGGCCGACCCAUGCCGCCUCGGGAGGGGGGCCGACCCAUGCCGCCUCGGGAUGGGGGCCGACCCAUGCCGCCUCGGGAGGGGGGCCGACCCAUGCCGCCUCGGGAGGGGGGCCGGCGGAAGGAGAGGCAGCAGCACAACCCACCCAGGAGGCGGACAGUCAGUGGCAGUGUGAGCGGCAGUAGUUACUCUGGCUCCAGCUCUCGCUCCAGAUCGCGCUCCUCCUCUGCCUCCGUCUCACGCUCUGGGUCCAAGAAAUCCAGAAAAUCCAGGUCUCUGAGUGUGAGCAGUGUGUCUAGUGUGUCCUCGGCCUCCAGCAGCAGCUCAGUGAGGAGCGCUGACUCCGAUGACAUGUACGCUGACCUGGCCAGCCCUGUGUCGUCAGCCAGUUCCCAAUCCCCCACCCCCGGACAGCCCCAUGCCCGCAAGGAGAGGGUCCCGCCACGGGACAGGGGUCCCAACAAGGACAAAGGGAAGCCCACUAAGAAAGAUGAGCCCCAUCCCCCCAGAGAGGACCGGAGGAAGAUUGAUACCUCAGGCCUCCCUCAUAGACACACCCACGGCCCCAUGCCCAGAUCUGGGCCUGGCAGCAGGGGGCACGGUCCAGGGGGGCACGGUCCUGGUGGCCACCCCAUGCACCCGCCCCACGGACCCCCCAUGGGAGCCCCUGGAGGCUAUGGCCAGCACAAAGACAUCAAACUCACGCUUCUCAACAAGCAGCAGGCAGAGCGGGGUAACAGGAAGCGAUACAUGCCUUCAGACAAGGACAGGCCGACCUCUCCACUCAGCAAGAGGAUAGCAUUGUCUCCUGAGAGAGGUCGUGGUGACAGGAGGAUGCCUGGACGGCCCCCACUCUCUCCUAGAAUGGACCGGCCCAGAGGCCAGGGCCCUCGCCCCAUGCCACCACCGGGAGAAAGAAAACGUCCUCUGUCCCCACCACCAAAGUCGUCUGGCAAAGGUCCAGGGGUGUUGUCCUCGGGCUCAGGCAAACAGCCCCCAGGCGGCCCGGGCUCAGGCUCCGGCAAGCCUAGCAGCACACUGUCUCGCCGUGAGGAACUGCUGAAGCAGCUCAAAGCUGUUGAGGAUGCCAUCGCCCGCAAGAGGGCCAAGAUCCCAGGGAAAUAACCCUCACCCUGCCUGCCUGCCUACCCAAGUCGCCCAGGCAACAUCAAGCAUCAAGGGACAUAAGUCACCAAUACCUGUCAAGAAGCCUAGCAUUCUCUGGAAAUGUAAAAAAGGUGUCUGUCCCUAAAUGUAAAGGCCAUUGUGUAAUUGUUACUGAACAAAAUGGCUGCCAAAACAUUUCUGCUUGUUUGCCCUCAGAGAGAGGUUGUCUAAAAGGUUUUACAGUGCUGAAAAGAAGUAGUAGCAGGGUGUCACUGUUGCUCACUGUUGUCUAUUUAGUGAGAAGGAACAAUCUUCCCAUCGUGUCUCAUUGAUAAGGUGAAUUUAUAUACUUUUGAUCCACACUGUUUCUCUCUGUCUGCCCCUUUUACUGUCUCUUAUCUCAUGUCUUUUUUUCUUUCUGUUGGGUCGAGUGCUGGUCUUGCCCCAUUUCUUCCGUUCUGAAGAUCCUGGAAACUGCCUCUAGUCUCCCAACUGGUUCUCUGUACAAACAUUUCGUCUGCAUUCAUUCAGAAUGAGAAACACGCUCACAGGACCUCUUGUUCAUGGUGGUUAUGUCUUAACCAAUGACUUCUCCUGUUCUAGGCCUGUGCUCUGUGUUCUCUUGCAGUGUUCAUUUUACAUACCGUGUACAAUAAUUGUGAGCAUUUGACAAGCACCCAUUUUUUUCAAGUGUAUGAUUGUAGAGAACAAAUUGAUAGUGAUGUGAAGUAUUGCUUUUUUAAUCUACCCCAAAAAAUCUCUAGCUCUUCUCAAGUAAUUUACUGUGUUUUAUUUUUCUCACAUUUUUAGUUGACAGAGUAUGAGAGAUGGUUGGGGACACCGGAGGAUAAGGAGCGUCUUGCUUUUGUGACAAAAGGCUUCUAAAUAAACUAUUUUGAUAAAGAGAAA